AUGGCCACGGUCGCCGAGCAACUUGCCACGCCCGGCCGCGCGCUGUUGCUCCGCCGGCGCCUCGCGCUGCAGCUGCCAAGGACGAGCCCCGCCCCGGUUUCAUCCGCGCCCCGCGCCGCCCUCGCCAGAGCCGCGCCGCCUCGCACGCCACGGCCGCGCCGCCUAGUCCGCGCCCCGCGUCGCCCCUCGCCCGGGCCGCGCCGCCUCGCCCGAGGCCUGCGCCGCGCCGCGCCUCGCCGGCCCUCGCCUCGCCGCGCCGUCGCCGGCCUCGCCUCGACCGCGCCUCGCCGGCCUCGUCUUGCCCGCGCCGCGUCGUGCCAUCGCCGGCAUCGCCUCGACCGCGCCUUGCCUUGCCCGCGCCUCGCCGGCCUCGCCUCGACCGCGCCUCGCCUUGCCCGCGCCGCGCCGGUGCCGUCGCCGGCCUCGCCUCGACCGCGCCUCGCCGGCCUCGCCUUGCCCGCGUCGUCGCCAUCCAGGCCUGCGCGAGUGCCGCGAGCACGGGUGACAUAG